GAGUACGUCACUAUAAUCAAUUAAUGAACCCCUGAUCUCCUCACAGUCAGAUAGGAGUUAUCUUAUCAUUGCCGUGAUUGGUGUCUGGUAAAUAAUAUCAACCCUUAGAAGUGUACCCUGACCAGUCCCACCUCUCCCUCUGACUCCAACCCGACCGAUAGUCUGUCAUUGGUAAUAACGUGGUAGAGUUGAUCGGUGUGGAUCCAGUUUGAGGGGUGUGACUGAAUCUUGGUUGAGGGACCACCUACGCCCUGGAAGCUUCAAGGUACCUUGCAUUUGGCGGUGUGCAGUGGAUAGGUCUGGGUGUGUUAUAGGCGUGCUCCCUGGAAGACGAUUGUGGUCAAAUCUUUGGUUAAUUUCAUCGAGAAUUUAAGAACUUUCAUUCAAGACCGUGUCAAGAUGACAGCCAAGAUGGAUGUUGCCGUUGUGAAGGAUACCUUCACCGCUGCCAAAUCAGGCAAUGACGUCGACUUUGUACCCUUCCUGAAGGGCUAUGACGAGAUAGCAAGGUUGUACGACAACAUGGGCCAGGUCUUCUACUUCGCUUCCAAGGACAUGCGAUCACGGAUCAAGGCAGUCAACAACCUCACCAAGGAGGAUGGGUCCGUCUACACCGCGGUCGUCAAGGCGCUCGAUCACGAGAAGGCUCAGGGGAUCAAGAAGAAGACCAAGGGCGGGGCCACUGCGGCGUCGAAGGUCCUCCUGGAGAUGCACUGGGAUGUCGCCUUCUUCAUCUUGAUCAUGAAGAGAAUGGGAGAAGCCCAAGACGACACUAAGAUGUCACAGCUUGCAAGGAAGGCCUACGAUGAUUCCCUCGCCCCUCACAACGCUCUGCCUAUCAGAACCGCGGCCCGACUCGCCUGCAAGACCCUGCCAGUUAGGAAAGAUUUCGUUGAGAAGUACCUGAAACAGAACACCGCCGAGGCCAUUGCCCUCCUCCCAUCAACGGUGGGGGCGCUACAGACGAUCCACUCAACCAUGGAGGCGGCAUUCAUCAAGAACGAUCUCAUGAAGGAAGCCGAGGCUGAAGCAGCAAAGAACAAGGCGGAGGACGCAUCACAGCCAGUGGUCUAAAGGCGUUGAAUAAGACCGGGGACAGUGACGUUCCCUAAGGAACACCUAAAUGAUUUCCGUGCAAUGUUGUAUUCGAAGAUGCGAAUCAAGUUAUUUUGUAAUAUUUUAGAAUAUUUUAUAAGGGAGGGAUAAUUCGUGUCCGUUUAUUCGUACUGGAUCUGAUUAUUGCUUACUGAAAUUUGUAUAGUUUGCAUAGUAUCACCAAAUGGGAAAACAUCAAGCCUUUCAACCAUCGGUCUCUUAUCAUCUGAAGUGCUGAUUUGCUUGGACCAACACAGUAAUUCCCAACAGGUGUUCAAUUCGUGGUGUUAGUUCGACACCCGUUGAUGCUAUUAUCAUGCCACUUUUUUAUAUUUUAGUACUCUUAAGUGUUAAAUAAUAUGAUCAAAUCCGAGGGCUUAAUAUAUGGGCAUGAUUCUUUGAAGAAACCGACUGAUGUCAGUUUUAAGACCACGGUUUUUUUUUUUAAGUGUAAGUUUUUAUGAUUGUUUGGGAUUUGUUUGCAGUUUGGUCCAGACUGAUGUUAGGCAUGUGAUUGGUGCGGGUGUAAUGGACAAUGGAAGGCCUAGAGGAUCAUCUAAAAAAAUACUCGAACGAAUCUUUUCACUGUGGCAAUCCUCAAGCUGGUUUGACAAGCAUGACGGCGAAAGUAACGAAGGAUGCACCAUUAAUGUUCAGUCUCCUUUCGCAAUAUUUGCACUUUGUUCAUCAUUAAGACAGACCGAAUUUUAAUACAGGUCAUUAUGACACAUAGGCCUAUUAAAUUUUGUACGUUUACAUAUCAAAAAAUAAAGAUCGUUCUUGCCGCCCAUAUCAA